ACGUAUCCGGUGCUAAAACCUCAAAUAACCGCAAAAAAACCAAAUAUUGUUGGCUCUCUCUCUCUUCGAUCUUUGCCCCUUUCUCUCUGCUAUCUCUCACUCGCGUCGCGGUGUUCACCGUGGCCGGCGUUCGUGGUGGGUUUCGGCGUUCGUGAACUUUGAAUAACCUGAACAACAAGACCUCUGCUCUAAAACCCCAAGCUAAGCUAAGCUAAGCUAUUUUCUCUUUCUAACGUGGCACUGCUCUGUAAUUCUUCAACCUUUCGAGGCCAAUUAAGAUUGGCUUCGGCUUCGAAUUCGAAUUCAAUAAAGUAUGGCUCUAUUCUUGAGUUGUGCUAACGGUAACCAUCGGCCUACUUCGUCUUAUGCCAAUGGCUUGGUGUGUUGUGACAUUUGUGGGAAAGUUCUCCAUGAAGAUUUGUACACUGACGAACCUUCGUUUGUUAAGGGUGCGGGAGGAGAGAGCAAAUUGUCAGGUAGCGUGGUAAGAUCCAUUCAAAGUGGCUAUUCAGAAUCAUUUAGGAGGACUUUAGAUAAAGGGAGAGAUAUGAUAGAAAGUAUCGUUACAACAUUUAAUAUAAGUGGUGGUGACUCUAUAGUUAAUCCAGCCUGUGCAUUUUAUCAGAUAGCUGUUGAACGGAAUUUUACUAGGGGGCGUAAAACAGAUCAAGUUGCAGCUGCUUGCCUUUAUAUUGCAUGUCGUGUAGCUAAAGACCCAAAACCAUUUCUUCUUAUCGAUUUUUCCGAGUAUCUGUCCAUAAAUGUUUAUGUGCUAGGUGCUGUAUUUUUGCAGCUGUGCCAACUUCUAAGCCUUGGAGAGCAUCCUACCAUUAUAAAACCUGUUGAUCCUUCCCUUUAUAUUUCUAGAUUUACAGAAAAAUUAUUAAAGCAAAGAAAUAUGAAGGUGUCUCAAACUGCAUUAUACCUCAUUGCCAGAAUGAAAAGAGACUGGAUGCAGACUGGCAGAAAACCUAGUGGGCUCUGUGGUGCAGCAUUAUAUAUCUCUGCUCUUUCACAUGGGUACAGCUUUUCGAAGACUGACAUUGUAAAAAUUGUACAUAUUUGUGAAAUGACGUUGACAAAACGAUUGAUUGAAUUUGAGAAUACAGAUUCGGGGAGCUUGACGAUUGAGGAGUUAACCAAUAAUGCUGUAGAGCUUAAGGAGAGCGUACCAUCAGUUGGUGUGUCCCAAAAGUCGGGGGAAGUGCUUUGUGAACAUAAAAAUAGUGGGGCACCUCAUUUUGCCCAUGGACUUUGUAGAACUUGCUAUGACGCUUUUGUUAAACUUUCCGGGGGACUACAUGGUGGGUCAGAACCUCCUGCUUUCCAGCGUGCUGAAAAAGAGAGAAUAGCCAUGGAAUCUACUAAUAAUGCAGAUGAAUCAACUGUGCCUCAGCAAGAGAGUGAAAACAUUGAACAGGUUGAGAAAGUCAAGUCCUUCACUGAAAACAGUCAAAAGGCAACUGAGAAUGAACAAUUGAACCAAAGGGAUUUCACUGAAAGCAGCCAAAAGGAAAAUGAGAAUGAACAAUUGAACCAAAGGGAGAAUGGAAGUAAUUCAUCUGCCACUGGAGAUCAGAUUGAAGUAGAUGGUGUUUCUGAUAAAUUUCAGAAAUCUAAGGAUGCGAGUUCCAUCACAGAUGAUGAAUCAGAUGGACUUUCUGAUAUUGAUGAUGUUGAGGUUGAUGGCUACCUGAAUAAUGAUGAGGAGACACGUUAUAAGACAAUUAUAUGGGAAGAAAUGAACAAAGAGUAUCUUGAGGAACAAGCAGCAGCAGCUGCUGCUAAGAUGGAAGCUAGUCAGGUAGACUUAGAGAAUUGUUCUGAUGAAUUACGAGCUGCGCAUGAAUUUGCUGCAGCAGCUGCAGCAGCUGUGGCCAAGUCAAGAAAGGAGCGAAAACGAACACAAGAUUCGAAUGCCAAUCCUGCUCAAACAGCUGCAGAAGCAACUCAUCAAAUGCUAAUCAAGAAGAGACUCAGUUCGAAAAUCAACUAUGAUGUGUUGGAGACACUCUUCACCAACGAUCCACCAUCUGAUUCAAAUAAAAAAGCCAAAGCAUCAAAUGAUGAUGGUGAUGGUGAUGCCACAGGGCAAAGUGACGGUGAGAAAGAGCAUGAUGGGGACAUCACAGACAACUAUGAUGAACCGGGACAGGGGUUUGAAGACAUGGAGCAGGAAGAUGACACGGGAAUAUAUAGCAAUGGAUUGCACUAUGAAAAUGGAGAGGAUUUUGAUGACUAUAACUAUGAUAAUGGUAACGAUGAAUAUUGAAUCGAAAAGUGAUUGUGUUCGAAGAUGUAGCUCACGGAAUGCUCUUUUGAAUUCUUUGAAGCCCUUGGGAAAAAAUUAUAAAAUCAGAUUGGAGGCCGACAUGGAAAGGAAAUUGAAAGAAAAAAGAAAUAAUAUUGUAGAAUUUAUUAGGGAAAGGCUUCAACUGGAUGUAAUACGGAUACCUAAUCUUGUGGAACAAUUAUUCAAGAUACAAUUUGAAUUUAAAGCUUUCUUUUUUCUUUUUCUUUUUUUCCUUUUUUUUUUCCCCAGUCCGGGGAUACAAGUCAAUGUAUCUGGAGUUGUCUCUUCGGGCUUCAA